AUGGCGACUGUCUCUCACUUCAUCGCACCGUGUGGGUGCGCUGUUCCUUGCCAUGCCGAAGGUGGGCGGCCCAUUCUGCUCGAGCCUCGCGUGGGCGAUAUCCUGGGCACUCGCGAGCCCUUUCUGACGGCCCUCAAACCUUUCGUCGAGGACUUUGUUCGCCUCGACGCUGGACUACCCGUAGCCAAUGAGGAGAAAUCACACCUCCUCACGCUGAUACGAAGCCUUUGCUCUGGGCGGAUGGGAACCAAGCUCAUUGAGGAGGCCACCGUGUACUCUUCGCACGUUUCACGCUUCAACAAGGAGCGCCCAUGCUUGGUUAUUCAAGCCAGCGAGCAACAGCACGAUUUCUUCGUUUGCCUCAUGGGGUCGUUCGAGCAGUCCUGGGUUCUACCGCCUGUCCUUCAGAAGCUCGGCACUAUCCUGAUUCCUGUCGCGACGCCCAACGCGGUCUGCGCGCAGGGCGGAGUUCCGAAGGCGCAUGUCCACACGCACCCGCCCUGGCGCAAUGAACCGCAGUGGCUUCUGGCGAUGUCCAUACGCGUGCGACGCGACACGCUCUCCUCUUUCCCGCACCAUAACCUACGACUUCCUGCGCAUCGUUGUCCCUACGUUGAUGACGCCACUACAGGAGACCUUCUCGAACUGUGCAGUCGCAAUCUGUAUGUGCUGAUUACGAUGCAGCAGGACCCUAGUAUACGCGAGAAACUGGCUCGGGAACUUCUCAAUCAAACGAACAUUCGUGACCUCUUUAUAGACGAACCACGUCCCAGAAAUACUGUAGGCCGUGAGGAAACUCUUAUAUUCGACGCUUAUGAGAUCGGAAGGUUAACGUAUCUGCGCCACACCGAAUGGAAAGAUCGCAUGACUCGUACCUGUCGAGACGACCCCGCAGCCCCAAGCCAGCCCCUCCUGGGUCGUUUUAUCUGCCAAGUUCGGUGAGUUGCAUUUUGACUCCCUUUAACGCACGCUAGAAAAUACCGAUAUCAUCUCAGCCACGCGCCCACAAGGCAUUCAGUACUCACAGCGCGGCUGCAACAGCACCACUUCCCGGUAGCAGGCGGCAAAGGGCGCGGGAGAGGGAUAUGAAGCUCGGUAUAACGCCCUCAUUUGAGAAGCGCACGAAGAGUGGAGGGAUGCCUACGAGGUGGGGCGCCAAAAUCAAGCGCGCCCUUUUCUGAUGAUUUAGCCAUUGUUUUGCAGUCCUGUGAUAUCGCU